GCGACCCUUACCUCGCUGGAGAACGGUGCCGUGACGCCCGAACGCUGGUGGAGUACGACGCUUCAGGUGGCUGUGCCGUUCUUCCUGGCCGGCGUCGGCACGAUAGGCGCCGGACUCACCCUGGGUUACGUUCAGGAGUGGGCUGUGUUCAAGGAUGUCUCUGCUCUGCUCAUACUGGUGCCGCCACUGCUAGGGUUGAAAGGGAACCUGGACAUGUGCCUCGCAUCACGCCUCUCGACCCAAGCCAAUAUGGGCAAAAUGGAUUCUUGGGGCGAAAUGUGGAAGAUGAUCGUUGGCAAUGUUGCGGUGGUGCAGAUUCAAGCCAUUGUGGCUGCACUUCUGGUAUCACUGUUCGCAGUUUCCAUGAAUGCCAUUAUAGAAGGCUGGUUCAACCUGAACCAUGCUUUGCUUCUCAGUGCUGCCAGUAUUACUACUGCGACUAGUUCCUGUUUCGUGCUUGACUUGGUGAUGAUCGGUGUGAUUGUGGCAUCGCACCGUUUUCGCAUGAACCCUGAUAACUUGGCGACUCCUCUCGCUGCCAGCAUCGGUGAUGUAGUUUCUAUCAAUCUGCUUGCUUACAUUGCCGCAGCUUUCUUCACUGUUCACGAUACUUCGUACUGGAUCUUGCUAAUAGUAAUCGUGGUCUACCUUCUAUUUUUGCCAUUUUGGAUUUACGUGGUUCUGCACAAUGAGUACACGCGACCAGUUCUAACAUCAGGGUGGGUUCCUGUCCUGUCUGCAUUGUUCAUAAGUGGACUGGGUGGUCUGGUGCUAGACUCUGUAGUUGACUUGUACAGUUCAUUUGUCGUGUUCCAACCAAUUAUCAACGGGAUCGGAGGGAACUUGGUGUCCGUCCAGGCCAGUCGCAUCUCCACCAUGUUACACCAGUCCUCUUUACGAGGCAUCAUUCCACCCCACUCCAGGCUGUGCGCUACGCCGUGGGCAGCUCUGUUUAAAGGAUUGCCACAUGCAGGAACUGCAAGAAUUCUGAUCACUAUGAACCUUGUCGGACAACUUGUAUUCCUCUUUGUUGCUGACUAUAUCCACUGGGGACGGUCGACUGUGACUGCUGCAUUCGCCUUAUCUUAUCUAACAGUCAGUUUGUUGCAGGUGAUGAUUCUCCUGUACAUUGCCCAUCUCCUCAUUCACCUGAUGUGGAAAUGGCGGGUGGACCCAGACAACUCGGCCAUCCCGUUUCUCACGUCCCUCGGCGACGUGCUGGGGUCCAGUCUGCUAGCAUUAGCAUUCAUUAUCCUUGACACUCUUCACCUUCCAUACAGUGGUUAGACAUCAGGAACUACCUGAAGUGAAGACAAAAUCCAAUUGCUGAUAUUUUACAGCCUGCGGUCUCCAUCCGGCAAGAAGCUGUUUCAUACAUUUGCCACUUUUAUAAACAGAGAACAAGGCAGACAGUAUCACCCCCAAGGGCUCCAGCUUGCAACAGUGUGAUUUUCUGAAAACUUGGAUUCUAAACUUCCUUGUUAUGAAAAUUGAAUUUAUUGAUUGAAAAAAAGGAAAACUGAAAGAGAUUUUUCUGUCUGAUAGUAAAAAUGAUGUCAGAAAAGUUAAAAAUAAGUAUAAAAUGUACAAUGGUGUUGAAUAUUAACUUUAAUUUGUGUGCAUGAUUUGUAAAAAGAGUUGAAUUUUAUCUUCACCAGAUAAGGUGCCUACAAUAAAGUAACGACUGCAUCCAGAUGUGUUUAACACAUGUUUCUCUGUGUCUUAAGUAUAGCUUCUGCACCAGGCACCAGUAUCUUCUCUGUAUUUUACCCCAGUGGUGCAAAUUUCUACUGUGAUUCAUUGAAUUUUAUUGUGUUAAACUUUGUAUUGAGCGUGUUAUUCAUAUACAUUCAGCAUGCCAUUAAAAUGGUACAGAGAAGAAAAUCAUACGUCUGUCAGCCAAGUGAGUGAUAUUUUACGCAUGCCAGGUGUUUAUGCCAUAUAGCGAAGUGAAAAUAAAUACAUACAACCAAA